GUUUUGACAGCUAGCUUGGGACGAUUCGUGUAGACUGACCAGAGUCCACGAAUUGGUACGAUUUUCUUGUUUCGGAAUUUUAUUCCUGAUCUAGGCCAUAAGUGGAGAACGAGUUCCAAUCUGUGCAGCAUAGACUGAGAACAAGUAAGAUGGAGAAAUUCAGUUUUGGAGUGGAUCCUAUUACUACACACGCUUGGAACCAUGACCGAACUCAAAUAGCGAUUUCUGCCAACAAUAAUUUGGUCGACAUCUAUCAAAAGUGUGAUGAUGGAUGGGAGAAAACACACACCUUGAGUGAGCACACCCAGCGAGUGACCAGCGUUGACUGGGCCCCGAAGAGCAACAUGAUCGUCACAUGUGGAUCAGAUCGUAACGCCUAUGUGUGGAUCCAGAACGGCAAUAACGAAUGGAAGCCAUCUCUUGUCAUCCUUCGUAUCAACCGUGCUGCCACCUGCGUGCGAUGGUCACCAUUAGAAAACAAGUUUGCUGUUGGUAGCGGUUCCAGACUGAUAUCCAUCUGUUAUUUCGACCAAGAUCAUGAUUGGUGGGUAAGCAAGCAUAUCAAGAAGCCGAUCCGUUCAACCGUGACCACCGUUGACUGGCAUCCUAACAACAUUCUCCUUGCAUGCGGAUCAACUGACUUCAAAGUCAGGGUAUUCUCUGCCUAUGUGAAAGACAUAGAGGCGAAACCGAGCGGUAAUGUGUGGGGUUCCAAGCUUCCCCUUGGUGCGUGUCUGAUGGAGUUUGGACAAAGUGGUGGAUGGGUUCAUGAUGUGUCCUUUGAUGCGAGCGGUAAUCGCCUGGCUUGGGUCAGCCAUGACAGCACCAUUAACAUGGUCAACGCUACUGCUGAUUUUGCAGUGAGCCAAACGAAACUCAAGAAUCUGCCUUGCCUGACCUUGCAGUGGGUGGGACCAGAUAGUAUCGUUGCAGGAGGACAUGAUUGCUGGUUGCUGCGAUUCAGCGUUGAUGAAAGUAGCAAUCUCACCUUCGAGGGAAGAGUUGGUUUCUCCCGAAAGAGAACUGAAGAGAAAGUAACUGCCAUGUCAAUGUUUCAGAGUAUGGACAAGAGAGCUACAGUAGAAGACGACAGCAAGAGGACGUCCAUUCAUCAAAACUCUAUCGUACAAGUACUAAUUCACUCAGGGGGCAGGGAGGCCGUCACGAAACUCUCAUCUGUCGGUGCCGAUGGACUGCUCGUCGUGUGGAACCAGCACUCCCUACAGGCCAGCAUCGGGGGCAGCACAUUCAACAUGCUCGCGGAGACCAUCAAUCAAGUUAACAUUGCAUCUCAAGACUAGGCAAAAUCGCUGCCUUUGGAUGAUCUUUGAAGGUUUGCGAGGUGGCAGAGAAAGCAAGGGAGAGCUUUGCAGUUUACGCCUCAUCCCUGUUACUCUCCACUCCUCAUCUACUCAUCACUGUUGGGUUUUCUCAACUCUUCUGCUCUUCUUCCACCCAAUGGUAUUUUAAGAUUUGCAUGGUGGAAGAGAAAACACGGGAGAGGUUUGUAGUUUAUGCCU